GAGUGUUUCUAUUAGAGGAAUUCAACAAUAGUUUUACAUUGGAUGAACGGCUGCCCAAGUUGUUCAAUAUCAAAUUACGAUAUAGGAGGUGUGUUCAAAGAGUAAGGUGACUUUUGUAAUUGGGCGGGCUACGUACACUCGAUCUAUUUUAUUUGUUGGUACACAUGUCCCUCACAUAAUGUUCACAGUUCCUUUUUCCUUUUUUGUGAGACAAAAGGGUUAGACGUGUUUUGUGCGCUCGGAGAUUUUCUGCUGUCAAAGAAAAUGGUACACAAAAUUUGCAUAAAGAUCUCUAUUGGCUGGUGUUAUGCAAAAUUUGUUCGGAAACUGCCUAAUUUUUAACAAAAGAAUCGUCGAAGGAGCAUCGCUCAAUAGCUGUUAAACGACUUCAAUGAUGAUCCUGAUAUGUUGAAAAAGGUCAUAACUGGUGAGGAAUCAUGGGUACAUGGUUAUGACGUCAAAACCAAAGCCCAGUCGUCCCACGCGCAACCCACUAUACAUUCUUGCGUUAUCCUUGAUUGACUCGAAACCAUUUUUCGUCGUAAAGGAAAAUUUUUGUGAUACGCGGUGGUCAAUUUUUCUGAAUCAUUAUUAUAAUGCUUCAUACUUAAAUACUUUGCUUCAUCAAUUACCGACACAUACAGUGGCACAAAUAAUAAUUGUUCUUUCAUCAUCCUGCCUUUUGUGUUGCAUACCUUGCGUUGCCAAUCUCGCUGCCUCGUAAAUUUAGAAUCUUCACCUGCUUCGGGUUCAUUUUUCGAAGCGUUUAUUUUUAAAAUGCCCGACCUGAUCCUGCUGUCGAUGCUUGAAAUACGUCCGCGUCAAUCCGACGCGAGCGAUGGCGUCCCGAACUUACCGCAUAGAAAAAAACGGCUCCCUCGGACGCUACAUGGUAGCGGAUCGCGAUAUCAAACAGGGCGAGCUCAUCUUGAAAGAGGCUCCAGUUUUGGUCGGACCCCAACCAGGCGGCGCUCUGCAAUGUUUCGCCUGUUGCAGGAGGCUGCAGAACGUACGUACGUGUCCCGGAUGUGACGUAGCGUUACUGUGCAGACCCGACUGCAAAGGCGAAUUCCACCCGGAAUCGGAAUGCUCAUACCUGGCGAGUUCCGGUAUAACCGGAAAAGACUUGGCGGACAACUGCCAAGUAGUUUUCCCUCUCAGGUGCUUGCUGCUGAAACGGUACGAUCCCAGACAGUUCGACGCUGUCUCCAACCUUGAGCCACACCUGGAGAAAAGGAGAAACACACCGAUUUGGAGGAGGAACAAGGUGGCGAUCGAAGACGUGCUGAAGAAGCUGCGGAUCUUGAACCAAGACGAGUUGGAGAGCGAGCUGGUCCAGACGGUGUGCGGGAUUUUGGACGUCAACACAUUCGAGAUCCGGCCUGCCCAAAAUGACAUGGUGGCGUACCCCGAAAGGGAUUGCUUGAGGGGAUUGUACGUGGAGACGGCAAUGAUGGCUCACAGCUGCGUCCCCAACGUGUGCAUGUCCGCAGACGAUAGUUACCGACUGAGCUGCCACGCUAGGGUGGACAUCAAAAGGGGGGACACGAUAGCUGCCACCUACGCAAACUUGCUCAAGGGUACGGCCGAAAGGCAGAAGCACCUUUCAGAUGGAAAGUAUUUCGAGUGUUCCUGCGCGCGAUGCGACGACCCCACAGAGCUGGGAACAGAACUGAGCUCCCUCAGAUGCCACAAAUGUCGCAAAGGGUUGAUCAGACCCCAUAGAAGCCGAGGUUGGGGUUGCGACGUCUGCCGAGCAUCGUUUCUGGAUGGUCUCAUUACACUUGCGAUUAGGGAGGGUGAGAGGCGAAUCGAGGAUCUAGACCCUGCCAAUAUUAAUGCGAUGGAGCAGCUCUACAAGAAACUCUCGCUAACCUUCCACCCAAACCACUACCUGAUGCUAGGGCUCAGGCAAAAUAUGGCGGUAACGUAUUCGAGGCUGCCGCCGACCAGACAUAACCUCAAUCGGAAAUUAGACUUGUGCGCGCGCCUUCUGGCAGUGUUUUCCAAAUUAGAGCCGGGAAUUUCCAGAAUUAAAGCUUUGACGAUGUACGAAUUGCAAUCGGCGAUGGUCGAUCUCUCGAACAAACAAUACAGGGGCGGGGAGAUAAGUAGGGAGCGAUUCGUUGCCGAGUUAAAAGCGGCAGACAAUAUUUUGAAAGAGGCGGUUAGGUAUUUGCUCUAUGAACCGCCGCAGAGUCCUGAAGGACGUAUGGCUCUGUCGGCGAUGACGGAGCUGAAGAUGUUGAGGGAAUCGAUCUCCAGCGUGCUGGUAGAGCGACAAGAGGAUUCGAAGAAAGGCGAGGUCGCCAGGAGACUGAAAGAGAAACUAGAACAAGGGGAUGGCGCUAAGGAGAAGAAAUAGCGUGUUGUAGGCGAGAAAAAGAAGUCAAGAAAUAAGAAUAAAAUGAAAAAAUGAUCCGCGUGUUUUUUAUUUUUAAUUUGUGAUAAACAUUUGGCCGCUGGUUUUUGUCUUAUUCGUCUAGUUUUAUUGAAGCAACAUUGUUAGUUUAGGCAGCUAUUAUUUAAAAGGGCUUCCAGUUAGUAAGCUAAAUGAAAAGUGAAAAUAAACUUUACUUAAGUAUUAAAAAGUAUAGUUUCUCUAAAAAAAUGAUAAUUGUGAAACUGUGAAAUAGAUAGUCAUUGAAAAAACAGUAAAUAACAAUUACCUUAGUAACAGAACUGAAGCACUAUACUAGCACUUCCCGACAA